UCAGGUGCUCAUUCUCGCUCAAGACUCUGGCGACCUUUCUUGUAUCUCCUAUCACCUUCUUUACAAGCUGCGGACUGCAGUCGGCUCAAUCUGUAGGAUGGCUACAUUCAAUAGGAACAACUCUGCCGUCAAGAGGAUUAUGCAGGAAGCCCGUGAGCUAGCCAACGAUCCCUCUACCGACUACUCCGCCGCCCCGCUCGAGGACGACAUCUUCGAAUGGCACUGCACGCUGCGCGGGCCGCCGGGGACCGAGUUCGAAGGCGGGCUAUACCACUUCCGCAUCCUUCUCCCGCCCGAGUACCCCUUCCGCCCGCCGUCAAUCAUGAUGCUCACCCCGAGCGGGCGGUUCGAGCUGAACACGAAGAUCUGCAUAAGCUUUACGAAUUAUCAUGAGGAGUUAUGGCAGCCUGCUUGGGGAGUGAGAACAGCUAUUGUCGGACUGCAGGGUUUCUUUCCGCUCAAAGGUCAGGCCGCAGUUGGUGUAGGCUCGUUGGAAUAUCCCCCAGCAGAACGCAAGCGCUUGGCAGCACUGUCGCGAGCCUGGGUGUGCCCCAGGUGCAACCGGUCCAACUUGGAGUCGUUGCCGGACCCGCCCGCUGCGGACUGCGCAGUGUCUAAUAACACGGACAAUAACACGAAUGAUGAACCUUGCCCAGUACCGCCGGCUGCGUCCCAAGUGGGCCCGGUGGCCCAGGAAGGUCCCACGUCGUCGACCCCCUCCCCCUCAAUACCACAGACACCCCAAGCGACGGGGAUUUCUCUAUCUACGGACAGUACAGUGUGCUCGAGGACGUCGCAGAGCGAGUCGUCGUCAGCCGAGUCGGCGAGGUCGUCAGGAUCGACGUCGGCGGGGCUAUCGGGGGCUGAUAUCCGUGACUCAACGCGGACUGGUCAGCGCAGCAGUGCCCCCAGACCACCGCUGGUUCUCGAUACCGCGAUAUGCGUGCUGCUGAUUCUAGUCUUUGCGCUAAUUUGUAGGAGGGUUUUCUAGAUUGCGCGUCAGGGGAGCUGGAUAGUUGACAUUGUGUAGUAGAUAGCCGUGCUAGUCUGUUAGAUAGCGCUGUAUGUAUGAGAUAUAGAGCGGGUCACGGGACGCACGAGUGAAUUGGCGG